GUUGUUAUAACGUUUUUAAAUCUCAAGUUAUUUCAUUUCUCCUUCUAUGACCAACUAAUUGAAUGUAAAACUUAGUACGGUUAAUCAAACGCUAAGCUGAUAAAUCUUGUGAAGUCCUCUCUUUAACUUAAGACUAGGUGGCGUCUCUGCAAAACCGUUACUCACAGAAUAUGGUGUUUAAAAGAUACAUUGUUGUUAGAGGUUUUUAGGUAAUAAAAAACGAUGGAUAGCGACGAAACUGCUGAACAGAACUCUAGUCAAAGUGGACUGAAAGCUCGAUCUCUUGAAGGGCACGCAGCACUGGCCAUGAGUAUCAAAGGAGAUGAAUAUAUGUGGAUUGAAAUUCAGGAGAAAACUUUUACGAAUUGGGUAAAUGAACAACUUCGACCACUGGGAUCGACUGUCACGAAUCUUAAGACAGAUUUUGGCGAUGGUCUUAAAUUAAUUGCUCUCAUCGAGGUUUUACAGAAACGGAAACUAAAAAAGAUUAAAAGGCCAAUAAACCAGCAUCAAUACUUAGAAAACGUCCAGAUCGCUCUUAAUGCCAUGGCAGCGGAUAAUAUUAAAUUGGUGAAUAUCGGUAAUACUGAUAUAGUAGAAGGAAAUCUGAAGCUCAUCUUAGGUCUUAUAUGGGCAUUAAUACUGAGGUAUCAAAUUGGUCGAACCAGCUUUCCCCCAAAGAAACUGAUGUUAGCUUGGCUUCAGGCAACAUUACCUGACCUUAAGAUUAUGAACUUCACAACAGACUGGAAUAAUGGUAUAGCACUGAGUGCUUUAAUAGACUAUUGCUGCCCUGGACUCUGUCCAAACUGGAGAUCACUGAACCCUAGAGAAAAGGAGAAAAACUGUAAAGCUGCUAUGGAGCUAGCAAAAAAGGAAUUUGACAUCCCUAUGAUUUUAACUCCAGAUGAUCUUGCAAGUCCUAACUUGGAUGAGCUCUCUGGGAUGACCUAUCUUUCAUAUUACAUGAAGGAGGAUAGCCCAGGGUACCAAGCUACCUUAAGCUGGGUUCAGAAACAACUUCCACAGCUUCACAUAGAGAACUUCACUACUGACUGGAAUGAUGGGUUGUCAUUAUGUGCAUUAGUACAGUCUCUGGGAGCUACUGUUAGGGGUUAUACAAGUCUCAGUCAAGAUCACUCUCAGUGGGAGAAAAAUUUACAACAAGGUAUUGCUGCGGGAAAGAACCUAGGGGUUGAACCCUUACUGAAAGCAAGAGAACUGGCAGAUAUAGAAGUAGAACAUUUAGGAGUCAUGGCUUAUGUAGCACGUUUUCAAUGGGUGAAGCCUUGUAAGAAGCCUAAAGAACGUAUCAGAAUCAAAGGAAUUGACUUAAACAAUGUCCAUGUUAAUAAACCGGCACACUUCAAAAUCCAAUUUCUAGAUAAAUCUGUGGAUCAGAAGCAACUAAAGGCAGAGGUUCGAAGUUCAAGUGGAAAAAUUGAGUGUCAAAUAAGUUUAUCUCGUAAUGGAGGAACUGGAGUUUUUACCCCUACUGAAACAGGAAUGCAUGAAUUAAUAAUUUAUAACUGGGGAGACAUUAUCCCUGAUUGUCCACUGAAAAUCAUGGUCUAUCCAGAACUCUCCAAGAUUCUAUACUCAGGAAUUGACCCUUGUGCUGUUGGAUCUAUCGUGGAAGUUUUAAUUAAUUCUAAUGGUGCUGGUGGUGGUGAUGUCUUAGUGGAGGCAGAAGCCCCUAGUAGAAGAACAUGUAACUGUCCUGUACUGGAAGACAAAGGAACCUACACAGCUGCAUUUACUCCAGAUGAAAUAGGGGAGUGGAAAAUAUCAGUGACAUAUUCUCGUGAACACAUCCAUGGAAGUCCAUUUUCAUGCUAUGUUUAUGAUCCUGCACAAAUUAAGUUGAAAGGCUUAGAACAGCUGGUCUUAGGUCAGGAGUCAACCUUCACAUGUGAUGCUAGUAAUGCAGGAUGGGGAGAAAUGAAAAUUGAUAUUCAGCAUAAUGGAAAAGUUGUACCUUCACUAAUUGAAGAACGAGGGAAUGGAAUCUACUUUGUAACAUUCAGUCCGACUCAGCCUGGCACAUACAGUGUGAGAGUGACUUUUAAUGGCUCUGAGGUUAAAGGUUCUCCUUUUAUUGUUAAUCUUGCUGGGGCAGGAGCAUGGCAUAGAGAACUUGGAAGUGGAAGCAGUUUUGUGCUUGGUACGAGGACCAGCGGAGAUGGAUCCCCACAACGUCCCCCAGUACCAUCUAGAUCAUCCAGUAAUCCUUCUCUCAAGAUUAUUACUGAGAAGAAUCUUAAUAGUGCAAUAAACAACCAUCAAGGAAAGGUAACAGCAGAAGUUAAAACAGUGUCAACAAAGCAACAUGGCACUUUCUCAGCUUCCAAAAAUAAUGUUAUUCAGGCAGUAAAAAACAAAAGUAACCAACAUUUGCAUUCCAAAGUGGAACAAGAUCAGUUUCAAAAAGUGACAAGAGAAGGUCCAUCUAUUUCUCAAGUGAGUCGAGAAGUGAUAGGAAUGUCAUUUGAAGAACGAGCGGAAAAAAUCAAUAAGGCUUUAUCUGCUUCCCGAGAAGAUGUAGAUCUUUCUAAGUCAACAUCAAAAGAUUUCAACAAAGGAAAAUUAAAAGCUCAAGUAAAUAAAUCAACUGCACCAAAAGUUUCUCCUUCACAUGAUGCUUCAUUCUCUCGAAAAGUGAAAUCUCAAGAGGAUGUUAGACAAAUAAAGUCUCCAAAGUCCCCACCACCCCCUCCACCUCCAAAAAAACCUUCUAAAGUAGAUGUAAUGACCAGGAGCUGGGGUUCUCGGGAGCCUCCCAAGAUAUCAAUCACCAGAGAUCUUCAGCUUGAAGGAUCAAGGCAAGAACUUGGUGAGAUAUCACCUAAUGUUCAGAUGUCAGUAAAUAUGUCAUCGUUAUUGCAUCAAGAGGAAAAAGGACAUAAAUCCACUGGAAUAAAAUCUGAAAUUAAAGUUCAAGGUAAUGCUGAUUCAACAAAAUUAUGGGAAAAACAUUCAAGCUCAAGCCAGGAAGAGGAAAUGUGGAAGGUCACCAACAAAAAUAGUAUCAUUGAUGAAGAAAAGUCUACUGUUCAUGCCAAAAGCAAGAUUCCUGUUCUACUAAGAAAUUCUCCAAGUUUUUCAACAGUAGAUGGUACAGGUGUGGCUCAUGUCAAAGUCGGACAUCAAGAAAACGAAAGACGGUUAGAUCCAAGUGAUAAAGAAUCCCAUGCCCAACAAAAAGAUGUCAGUCUUCAGCAUUCAGAAGUUCUGUCAAAAUCUUCAAUUGCUGAAUCAGUUCCUUUAAAAAAAGAAAAUAUUAACUUACAUAAACUUGAUACAUUGCUUUUAUCAACUAAAUCUGAAAUGAAAGAAGCUUCCAACAUUUCUACAGACCAGUUGUCUUCUUUAAGUUCAGUAACUAAAGAAACCACAGAUCUUCAUAAAAGUGAAAGCCUAACAUUUUCAAGCCACUUAUCAAAAAGAGAGCCUCACGAGGAGACAUCCGUAUCUUCACCAAUUUCUAAAAAGGGUGAAACUGUUGAUUUCAGCCAUGUUACAAUUGCUGGUAGUGGGUUAAAACUUAUUCCUGUGAGAAAACCAGCUACUUUUAUUUUAACAGCGAAUGAAUUUGAACAAGAUGACAUUGUUGCCUCAGUUACAGCUCCCUCUGGAAAGGAUAUCCCCACUAGACUAAACAGUGCCCAUUAUGGGCAAUAUGAAGUAGAGUACAUUACUUCAGAAGUAGGUGAACAUAAAGUUGAUGUGAAACUUUGUGGAAAAUCACUACCUGGUAGCCCUUUCCAUUGUUUUGCUUUUGAUGCAAGUAAAAUCAAGUUUGGAAAAGUUCCCAAUGGUUUCAUUGGAAAACCUGUUGAAUUUGAAAUUAAUGGGGCUGAGGCAGGUUCUGGAAAUCUAGAGAUACUAGUGAAUGGUGGUCAUGUCACAAGUCAGGUUAAGAGUCUUGGUGAUCAUCGUUUUUUAGCAUCUUUUGUUCCUCAUAUGGCCGCUUCACAUACCAUAGACAUGACAUUUAAUGGAGAAAAGGUUCCAGAUUCUCCAUGGAAAUGUGAAGUCUUGGACCCAGUUAAAAAUUUUACAUUGACAGGGAAGGCUCUACAAUCUUUUAGUACCAACCACUCAACAUCAUUUGAAAUUAUGGGUGCUGGUUUUGAUAAAGAAGAUAUACGAGUGGUUAUAACAGGACCAUCGAAAAACGUUGUACAGCAUCGACUUCUUGAAUUGCAGAGAGACAAAUACCGUGUUGAUUUCAAAGGAUUUGAAGUUGGAACAUACAAUAUUGAAGUUCUUGUUGGGGGACAACAUGUCCCAGGAAGUCCAUUGACAACCAAAGCUUACAAUGCAAACCAGAUUAAGCUGUAUGAUAUGCCUGAAUUGGCAUUUGUGGGACAAAACUGUCAGUUUCAAGUGGAUGCUUCACAGGCAGGAGAAGGGCAACUUGAGAUAUCUGUCAAUGAGGGGGAUGUUCCAAAUCAUGUUCAGGUGUUAGGUGGUGGUCAGUGUGUGGUGAGUUUCAGGCCUAGUAAUCCAGGCAAACACAUAGUGGAUAUCAAAUUUAAUGGAGAAAACAUACCAGAAUCUCCUUUUAAUAUACAAGUAAAAGAUAAAAGUCAGUUCUCCAUUGAUUUAAGUAAUGUGGAGUUGAUUCCUAUUGGUCAGUCAGUGCAGUUUCCAAUAAACGUCAGUGAUGGUAGUGAGACAGAGCUGAAAAUCAACCUAAUCUCUCCUCAAGGUAAUCAGGUACCAGUAAAAAUCACGAGGAACAACCAAACUGGAUUUCUAGCAGAAUUUGUGCCAAAAGAAGUUGGUCCCCAUACUCUCAGUAUUGAAUAUGCAGAAUCUCCUGUAGGCAGUAGUCCAUACACUGUAAAGGUGUAUGAUAGUAAAAAGGUAGAAGUCAGUAGAGUACCCCAGCAAGCUCUUGGAAAGACUGUAGAGUUCACAGUGGAUGCAAGCCAAGCUGGAGAAGGAAACUUAGAGAUCACAGUUAGUGCUCAUGGGCGUAAUCUUCAAACACAAGUUCAUCCACUUGGAAGUGCCAAAUUUGGUGUAUCUUUUGUCCCAACAGAACCUGUGGAACAUACCAUAAGUGUUUCAUUCAACAAAGAAGCAGUACCAGGGAGCCCUUUCAAGGUAAAAUUUCAUGAGGCAGGUACGGCAUCUGUAACUGGACAAUCCCUGAUUUCUGCCUGUAUUCAAAAGAAAGCAAGCUUUGUGAUUCAAAAUCUUCCUGGGUCUGAAAAAGACCUAAGUAUUCGUAUUGAAGGUGUUAAUGCAGAAACAUUACCAUAUAAUAUUAAAGAAACUGGAUCAGGGAAUUUUAAGGUUGACUUCACUCCUCGAGAAACAGGAGAAUACAGAAUUCUAGUAGACCAUCUUGGCAUUCCUCUACCUGGCAGCCCUUUUAUUAGUAAAGUUUAUGAUAUAAAGCAAAUAAAAGUUCGAGAUGUUGGAAUUGGAGUUGUGGGAAAACCAGUUACAUUUUUAGUGGAGACAGCCAAUGCAGGACCAGGAAACCUAGAGGUAAUGAUUAAUGAUGGACAAGUUGAAACCUCAGCUCAUGCUCAGUCACCAUCCCUGUAUGCUAUUUCCUUUCAUCCAAAAGAUGAUCAACCUCAUUCCAUUGAUGUGAAGUUUAAUGGAGAACCAGUACCUGGAAGUCCAUAUGAAUGCCUAAUUGUUGAUCCAGUCAAUCUGCCCAAAGUUCAGGUAACUGGUGAUGGACUUGAGAGGGUGCCAGUGAACUUGCCUGUAACUUUCUUCAUUAAUACUCAGGGUUUCAAUCUAGGUCAGCCACAAGUUACUGUCAUGGGUCCAAGCCAGCAACCACUGAAAUGUGCUAUUAGUGGAACUUAUCAAAGUAACUACAAAGUAGAAUAUACACCAGUAGAAGUUGGUGAUCACAAUGUAGAUGUUAGGCUUAUUGGUCAUCCUGUUGGGCAAAGUCCCUACCUGGUGAAGGCUUAUGAUUCGACCAGAGUAAAAGUUACGGAUGUUGGAAAUGGAAUUGUGGGAAAACCUGUGUAUUUCAGCAUUGAUGCUAGUCAAGCUGGAGCUGGAAAUCUGGAAAUUAUUGUAUCAGUAGCAGGAAGAAAUGUGCCCAAUUAUGUUCAGUCGGAAGGAAAUGCUCGGUUCAGAGUCAACUUUAAACCCUCUGAACCCCAAACACACACACUAAGUGUGAAGUUUAAUGGAGAGCCUGUUCCAGGAAGCCCAUUCUAUGUGAAAGUGGAUGACAGUUCACAAUCCGUAGUAUCUGGUGCUUCUCUGAAAAUGACUUCUGUUGCUAAUGGAGUCAACUUUACUGUGGAUACACGUGGGCAAGAAAAUAUGGAUUGCAAUGUUGUGGUGACUGCUCCUUCAACGAAGAAACUUCCUGUUGAUAUCAAAGCUACAUCAAAUACAACCUAUGAUGUACAGUUUUCUACAACAGAAGUUGGUCCUCACCUAGUGGCUGUAAUGUUAGAUGGUAUCUCUGUUCCUGGAAGCCCAUUCACCAGUAAUGUUUAUGAUGUUAGUAAGGUGAAAGUGUCCAAUAUUUCUCCAGGAGCUGUUGGAAAACCUGUAACAUUCCAAGUUGAUGCUUCACAGGCAGGGGAAGGAACCCUUGAGCUUGUCGUCACCACACGCAAGUCUUCUGUCCGAGCAGAAGUUGCAAUGAAAAGCCGGGGUUUGUAUAAUGUCACCUUUGUGCCUCAGGAGAAGGUUCCUCAUUAUGUUAACAUCACCUUUAAUGAAGAAGACAUUCCAGGGAGUCCAUAUAAAAUAGAAAUUAAGGAUUCACCUGAAUUGGACAGAAAGUCAACAGCAACAGCCUUAGGUUCGAAGAUCACCAGAAGUGGCCCAACAUUAAUAGCCAGAGGAGAUGGUUUAAAACAUGGCCUUGUGGGAUCUCUCAACAUGUUUGAAAUAGACACUAAAGACAUGACCUCUGAUGUUGACAUACGUGUUAUUGGUCCCUUGGAUAUACCCGUCCAAGCUUCUGUAGUUCGUACUGAACAGAACAGCUACCGUGCAGAGUAUCAUGCCCGAGAGGUGGGUACCUAUAAGGUUGAAGUUCUCCACAAAGGUGUGCCUGUUACUAGUAAGCCCUAUGUAGUGGAAGUAUGUGAUCCCAGUCGAGUGAAAGUGAUGGACCUUGAUGAUGGUGUGGUGAACAGAGAGCAAAAGUUUAAAGUGGAUACUUCUAGAGCAGGUCGAGGUCAGCUUGCUGUUAAAAUCACUGUUGGUGGUCAGGAAGUACGAAAUAGUGUACGUGAGAUCAGUCAGGGAGUCCAUCUUGUUACUUACAUCCCGCGAUCAGAUCUUCCUCACAAAAUUGAUGUAUUUUACAAUGGUCAUCAAGCUCCAGGCUGCCCUCAAGUUGUAGAAAUGAGAGAUCCAUCCCAGUCUAUCAUAGCACAUGGAAGUGGACUAAAAUCUGUGUCACUUGAUACAGAUGCUACUUUCUUGAUAGAAACCGGAGGAUUUGGUGCUGCCAAGGACUUUGAUAUAUUAAUCUCAACUCCUGCAGGCUCCCCUGUGCCAGUAAAGUGUUACCAACAGAGGGAUGGAAGUUUAUUGGCAGAGUGGACACCAGAACAUUAUGGUAGCCACAAGAUUGAUAUUCUAUACAUGGGCAAGCCUAUCAAUGGUUCCCCUUAUACCUGCCAAGUUUUUGAUUCCAGUAAAGUAGUGAUACAAAAAAUUAAAAAUACCACUUUCUCUGUAAACAAAAAAAUUUCUUUUACUGUAACUCGACAAGAAGCAGGAUAUGCUGAACUUGAUGUCACAGUGACCAGUCCUUUAGGCCGACAUCUACCAAUAGAAGUGAAAGGAACUUCAGAUGGAGAAGGUGAAGUGAUUGAAUUUAUGCCAACAGUGCCAGGAAAAUACAAAAUAGGAAUUACUUAUGGUGGAGUUGAGGUGCCAGGAAGUCCAGUAAUUUUCAUUGCUCAGGAAGGAGGAACACCAAAGGUUGAAGGAAAAGGAUUGAUAACUGCAAGUGUCAAUGUUAAUGCAACGUUUAAAGUUGAUGCUCGUGGACUUACUGGAAGACCUGAGGCCAGAGUAGAUGGUCCUGACACGGAAGCUGAGUGCACUAUAGAAGAAGAAGAAGAUGGAAUAUUUAUUGUAAGCUAUGUUCCACAAGAGGUGGGAAUAUUUGAUGUUAGAGUCCUAUGGAAUGGCAGGGAACUUCCAGGAAGUCCGUAUCAUCCUCGUGUUGUUAACCCCAACAAAGUUAGAGCAAUAGGAGGCUGGGAAAACUUGUUGGAUGAAGAUGGUCGUAUUAGUCUGGUUGCUGGUGAAGAAAAAAAGAUAUCUUUCGACACCAGUGAUGCUGGACCUGGUAAAAUUCAAGUUGAAUUUAGAGGAUCAGAAGGCAUGAUAGAAAUUCAAGUUGAACAAAUUAAUAACCAUCGUUACAGACUCUGUUUUACUCCACCCAAUGCAGGUGAAUACUAUCUUUAUAUAUACUAUGCUGAUAUUCCUCUACCAAAGUCGCCAUAUCUUGCCUAUGCAGAACCAGGUGAACCAGCUCUUGAUCAUACAAGAGUUGUUUUGCGUGGUCAUGGAUUAACUUCUGCUAAAGUUGGGGAAGAAGCAGAGUUCCUUAUUGAUGGAUCAGAAGCAGGGCCUGGGUCACCAGAAGUUAGUGUAAGUGGAGUAAAAGCUGAUAUUCCUGUGAAUUUAAUACCCCAGGGAAACAAUGUUUACAAGGCAGUAUAUACUCCUGCAGUUCCAGGAGCUUACCUUCUGAAUGUGAUGUGGUCAGAAAGGCAAGUGAAAGGCUGUCCAUUAAAAGUAGCCGUAUCUCUAAGUUGUGACCCUAACAAAGUGGCCUGUUCUGGAGAUGGAUUGCGAGGUGGCACAGUAGGCAAAGAGAUCAAAGCUUUCAUUGAUACUCGAAAAGCUGGACCAGGGGAAUUAACAGCACAUUGCAUGGGACCACAUAAAGUAGCUUAUUGUGAGAUGUAUGAUCACAGAGAUGGAACAUUUACUCUUUAUCUCAAGCCACAAGAAGGUGGACGGCACAUGUUAACUGUCAAGUAUGGGGGAGAACAUGUACCUGGGAGUCCAUUCUCUGUAAGAAUUGCUGGGCCACCUGAUGCUUCUAAAGUGAGAGUGUAUGGACCAGGAGUAGAACCUGGUGUGUUGGCCAUAUACCAGAGUAGGUUCAUAUGUGAUACAAGAGGGGCUGGAGCUGGCCAAUUAACAGUUAGGAUAAGAGGACCUAAAGGAGCAUUCAGAGUGGAGAUGCGAAGAGAGAGUCAGAAAGACAGAACAAUUCUCUGUAAGUAUGACCCCACUGAGCCUGGAGAUUACCGGCUGGAAGUCAAAUGGUCGGGAGAGCAUGUCCCAGGAUCUCCUUUUGUAGUAAUGAUUUUUGAUACUCAAGAGGAACUAACACGUUAUCUGCAAGGCCAUCAUAGUCCUGUUCCUCUGACUUCAGCAGACUAUUUUGGUGGAAGUAAGACAUAUAGCACUGGAUUUGGGCAGAUGUCAUGGCGAGGAUCCAUGGCUGAAUUAUAAGCUAAACAUAUCUGGCCAGUUUAUCAUAACUAAGUAAAUCUUUCUUGCUGUGUGCAGCAUAACACCUGCCAAUAACAUAUUAUUUAUUGUAAUUAUAAAUAAUACAGUCUUUUACUUUGGAUUGAUAAAAAACAAAAAACUUUAGUUUCCCUAGCUAAUUUGGCUAGUAUAUUUCCAUAUUCUGUAGUCAGUCUUCAAAUGUUCAGUAUUAAAACAGGUUUCUAGCAUAUAGCAACCUUUAGUUGAAAGACUUAGAUGUAAAAUAAGAUGAUUGUUACUUUGUAGUAUUUUAUAUGUAAACUAAAUUCUUGACAGUUUUCAUUGCCUGUUCCUUAGGGUUAUGAACAUACAUUGUGCAUAAUUGAAAAAUUGUUAGCCAGAGCUGCUGAUAAUUUUAAUCACGCACCAUUUAUUACGAAUAUUGGCUAGCUUUUGUAUUGUUGGUAUAUGUAUUUUUCAAAAGUGUUUAACAUCAAUUAGAACUAAGAAAAUCAGGGGCAUUUUUAUAAGCCAACAGAAGUGUAGCUCUACAUUAUAGAUUUAUAGUUAAUAAAAAUAAUUUGAACUUUGUAUCCAAGUAGUGUAUGAAAUGCAGCUAAUUUUCA